CUUGAACAUAUCGAAGCAAUUAGUGCUGAAUGGCGACGACGAGAAGAGGAACUUGCGAGACGACGAGAGCGCGUCUAUGCGGCGCGACUUCGACAGGAAACUAUCACUAGGCAUGCCAUUGAACAGGUUUCGAAUGGAACUCUUGGCACGUUUCCUGUAUGCGCUGACUCCCCAGAGACUAUCACCGCUGAUACAGUAGAAGGUGGAGAUGGAGGUGAGCGCCGGUUCAAAGCGUGCAGUCUGUGCGGAAUUCUUGUUGAUGCCGACAGCCCUGCUGCUAUGGAAAGCCAUUUACGCGCUCAUAAAAAGAAUGACGAUCUUAAACUCAAGUUACUGGCACGCUAUGGGCCUGAGGAGGUUGGUCGUCUCAUGUGCAACGAAUGCAAUAUGGUUUUCGGAGAUGAGUGCAGUUUGAUCGUUCACAAUCAGCAGAUGCAUAUGAGAAGAAGAAAAUAUGUGUGCAAAUGGUGUGGACAUGUAGCAUAUACUAUGACUGAACUCAACAUACAUAAAGCUGACGUACAUGCGAUGCCUCCGUUCACGGCAAGGUCAGAUAGGGAUAGAAUAUUGAAAAAACAUCAGCAACAUCUCCAAUGUCGUGGACUGAUUGCUCUGGGUGCCAAUCCUAGGAGCAACGAAAUAGAUGACAGACACGGUUCAGCUACAUCAUCCGUUGAUGAUUAUUCUUUCCGGUAUGUAUUCUUGCAAAUCUUAUGUGUGAUGUUUGAGCAAAUUUUAUUCAUUUUGUUUCAUCUAUUUUUUUUUGCUAUUGGUGUAGUAAAUCACCACUACUCCGAAAUAUACAAAUCUGCUUGAAA